AUGGUCCUGCAAGGGUCUCAGAGCACACCGUCACCCUCCCUCCAAUUGACCCACCGCAACGCCCUCACCCAAAUCCACCACCUCCUCGCCUACCUCUCCACCUUCCCCUUCCCCUCCCUCCCCCUCCCCCACUCCUUAACCCCCGCCGCGCUCCUCCGCGCCCUCACGCUCGCCAACCCCGCCCUCUCCGCCCAGCUCUUCGAGGAAAGCAACCUCACGCACGCCAGCCGAUUUCCGGCGGGUGAUGUUCCAGGGUCCGGCGACGGCGCGGGUCUCCGCACCUCAGCUUUCCGGACAGCGCAGUGGGGCAUGGUCCUGGCGGAGACGGUGGCGUUCGAAGCACUCGCGUUGCGCAAGACGUACACCACCACCUCCGAGAAAAACGAAACGGCAGAGACGCUGGCAGCCGACCGAGACAGCGACGAGGAUCUGACGGUGGUCCUGAUCGCGGGACGGUGUACGCAGUCCGGACAGCGAGCGGUGUUUGGCUUCCCUCUGCCCUGGGCGGGCAUGGCGGGUGCGGCGGCAUCGUGUCUGUGGUUCCAGUUGAGUCCCGUGCAGGAUGGGUUUCGCGGGGGGUUUAUCUGAAGUGGCGCGGCCGGGGCACCGACGAGAAGAGCAGACGAAGCAGUGGGUCCUUGGGGAGGUAGGAAAAGGCGUGCAGUUGGUGCGGGAGAAGAAUCUAUCGAGGAUGAGCGUGAGGCAUGUGGUUGCGGAGGGAGGAGGGUACCGGGCGAGGGAGUGGAGGGGCGACUGGACCAUGGAGGUCGAGGUGCAGGAGAUCGAGCUUUAGGAUGAGACAUAAGUCGCUCAGUAGGUAGCUAUUGCUUGCG